AUGAAAACCGCAAUCCAGAAACUCCUCGUCUUCCUGGCCAUCGCCACGAUGGCCACGGCGGCCGACCAGGCAGGAGACCCGACCACCGCAGCCGCCACCGCCACCGUGACAGAGCAGGCCUGCAUGGGCGGCGGCGGCGCGCUCGGAGACACCACCCCCCUCGCGAUAGCCAGAGCCCUCGCCACAGCCGCCGACGUGUCAGAAGCAGCGUCCGCCGCCGCGAGCCUCAUGGCCGAGAACCAGUACGGCGGCCUGCGAGGCGGGGCCGGCGCCCCGACCGUGAUCCCGGACACGAUGACGGUGACGACCUUCGCGAGCGCGACCGACUGCCCCCCGGAGCCGACCCUCACCCUGGACGACGGCGAGUUCGCACGGCUCUACAGCGAGGAGCUCGACCGCCUCCUCCCCCCCAACGACACCGACACCACCGACGACACCGCCGCGGGGGCCGAAAAGCGCUGGGCAAAAGGCCGCCUCUCGCUCUGCUUCACCGGGUCCGACGUGAUGCUCGCGGGCCGGUACGGCCUGUGGCUCGACGGGUGGGGCCAGGAGGCCGACGGGUGCGGCAAGGGCGCCCUCGACAACCUGCGCGGCCACUGCGGGUCCAUCGAGCAGUGGGAGUGCAUGCACUGGGGCUCCGGGGUCGUGCUGACCUUCUGGGCUAUCGCGCCCCGGUACUCGGGGUGUGUCAUCGACGCCAUGUGGCAGGCGUCGCCGCACGCCCAGAGGGAGAAGGACCUCUGCUGCGCGUAUGUGGGGCCGGGCCUGAUUUCUAUGGGCAAGCACAAGUGCUAG